AGGUCGGCGCUGUCAGCAGGGAGCUUCCUGGGUUCGGAGCUGUGUGACUGUGACAGGAGACAGUUUGGUGACCAGCCGUCCCGCAUCAGGCCGAGAGAGUCAUUUCCCACCAGAACACAAGAAAUCCUGGCUCAUGGCGUUCAGACGGGCCCUGAGACGGACGGCGGUGGCGGGAGGCGGGGCGGUCGCCGCGGCCUUCGGCCUGUCGCAGCUCAUGGAGUACAGGAGGACGCAGCCUGGAUUGGCUAGACUGGCUCACGUGGCGGCCGAGGCAGAGCUGAAGGUCCCCUACGCGGACGAGCUCCCCUCCAGGCAGACGCAGCUCGCAGCCCUGCGCGACACUCCGGAGUUUGACGUCCUGGUUGUCGGAGGGGGAGCCACCGGUGCCGGAUGUGCCUUAGACGCCGUCACCCGCAACCUGAAAACCGCCCUUGUAGAAAGAAGUGACUUCUCUUCAGGGACGAGCAGCCGGAGCACCAAGCUCAUCCAUGGGGGAGUGCGCUACCUCCAGAAGGCCAUCAUGCAGCUGGACUACGAACAGUACAUGAUGGUGAAAGAGGCUCUGCACGAGCGAGCCAACCUGCUGGAGAUUGCCCCCCACCUGUCCGCGCCGUUACCCAUCAUGCUCCCUGUUUACAAAUGGUGGCAGUUGCCCUACUACUGGGCUGGGAUAAAGAUGUACGACUUGGUGGCCGGGAUCUACUGCCUGAAGAGCAGCUACGUUCUGAGCAAGUCCAAAGCCUUGGAGCAUUUUCCAAUGCUGAAGAAGGACAAGCUGGUAGGAGCCAUCGUCUACUAUGACGGCCAACACAACGAUGCCCGCAUGAACUUGGCCAUCGCGCUGUCUGCCGCUCGCCACGGCGCGGCCGUCGCCAACUACACCGAGGUCGUUCGCCUUCUGAAGACCAAAGACCCGCAGACUGGCAAGGAGAGAGUGUGUGGCGCCCGCUGCAGGGACGUCACCACAGGGCAGGAGUUUGACGUGAGGGCCAAAUGUGUGAUCAAUGCCACUGGACCCUUCACCGACUCUCUGAGGCAGAUGGACAAGCAGGAGACCUCCAACAUCUGCCAGCCCAGCGCGGGCGUCCACAUCGUCAUCCCAGGAUACUACAGCCCUGACAACAUGGGCCUCUUGGAUCCGGCCACCAGCGACGGCCGCGUCAUCUUCUUCCUGCCCUGGGAGAACAUGACCAUCGCUGGGACCACUGACACCCCCACCAAUGUGACGGCCCACCCCAUACCAGGGGAGGACGACAUCAACUUCAUCCUGAGGGAGGUCCGGAACUAUCUCAGCCCGGACGUGGAAGUGCGGAGAGGAGACGUGCUGGCGGCUUGGAGCGGCAUCCGCCCCCUGGUGACCGAUCCUAACUCCAAAGACACUCAGUCCAUCUGCAGGAACCACAUUGUCAGCAUCAGUGACAGCGGGCUGGUAACUAUCGCAGGCGGGAAAUGGACGACGUACCGCUCCAUGGCCGAGGAGACGCUAGAUGCAGCAAUAACAUCUCACAGCCUCUCGGCCGAACCCUGCAGGACGGUGGGUCUGAUGCUGGAGGGGGCCAAGGGCUGGACUCCAACGCUCUACAUCCGCCUGGUGCAGGACUACGGCCUGGAGAAGGAGGUCGCUCAGCAUCUGGCCUCAACGUAUGGUGGAAAAGCGUUUGAUGUUGCUAAAAUGGCCAAGGUUACAGGUAAACGGUGGCCGAUUGUUGGGAAGCGCCUGGUGUCUGAAUUCCCCUACAUCGAAGCAGAGGUUCUGUAUGCGAUCAAGGAGUACGCCUGCACCGCCAUCGACGUCAUCGCCCGGCGGACGCGGCUGGGCUUCCUGAACGUGCAGGCGGCGGACGAAGCGCUGCCGCGGAUUGUCCACAUCAUGGGCAAAGAGCUGAACUGGAGUCAGGAGAAGAGGACGGAGGAACUUGAAGCAGCAAAGAAGUUUCUGUACCACGAGAUGGGCUACAGGUCUCGAUCGGAGCAGCUCACAAAGACAUCAGAGAUCAACCUGGACUACCAGGAAGUAGUCAGGUACAAGAACCGGUUCCAUAAGUUUGACAAAGAGUCCAAAGGCUUCAUCACCACUGUUGACGUCCAGCGAGUUUUAGAGAGCAUCAACGUCCACAUCGACGAGAACGCGCUCCAUGAAAUCCUUAACGAGGUGGACCUCAAUAAGAACGGACAGGUUGAAAUCGACGAGUUCCUGCAGCUGAUGAGCGCCGUGAAGAAGGGACACGUGUCCGACAGCCGCCUGGCCAUCCUCAUGAAGACGGCCGAGGAGACGCUGGAGACGAGAGGGCCGGUGACGGUGGACCGCAGCGGCGGAGGAGUCUGAGCCUGAGAGGCUGAUAUGCAAAUGGUUCCAUUUGAAUCACAAUAACGCAAUCAGGCGCGCAGCGGGAUGAGUUUGACCAAAUCAGGCGGCGUAUUUUGGGGGAAAUCAGAUCUAAUGAUUGAAGUCAGGGAGAUAAUUCCUGUGCCUGUGGAUAGCACAAAAAUUUUUAUGAGCUUAUUUGAAACAAAACCGUGUUGACAUUUGUUGUUUCCUAAAUCACUCCAUAUUUCACAGGAUCAACUCUGAUUGUAGAUUAAAAAUGUUUCGGGUCAGCUCUUAGGCCUCGUUUUACACAGAAACCUAUUUCUCACAACCCAAAUGUUUCUACCAAGAAGAGUAAGAUUUCUGCCAUCUUAGAAAAAAAAAACCAGACGGAUCCACGAGGCUAAUUUCACUUCAUCCUUGGCUGAAUCAAAAACUUCUGCUGAGUCCGUUUGUGGAGCCUAUCUCCCAGCAGCUCUCUGCUCUUUUACUUCUUUUGUUUUUGGCUGAAAUAUUAACAUCCACUCAUCUUAGACCAGAAGGUCAUUUAUUUUGGCUAUUAAUGAUACAUCUGAGAGAAAAUGCUGCAAAUUUAAAACUGUUUAGAGGAGAUCAAUACUCAGGCCCAUGUCAGCAGACGUCAAGAAAAUUGACAGAAAUAAUUUCUGUCAGGUUUGGGUUCAGAGGCGAGAUGUGUUGGGAUUUUUGUGUUUGGUUAUGCGUAGGGUUUCUAGUCAUAAACGUAUAUUCAAAAUCAGCAUUUUCAUUCUGGAGAACAAGCCUUGAGCUUGAGCUAAAGAUGCUAUUCAGCACUUCAAAUGUUCUUUAAAUGUAUUAAAAUAGCCUAGCUUUAUUGCUCCACAAGGCAAAACAGCUUUAAGUUGUUUUUUUUAUCUACUCUGCAAGCUAAAUUUACUUAUGCCAAAAAAAGAAAAAAUUUUCUUCACCAUCUUCCGCAUGAAAUUUUUUCAGAUGACUAAAAGGUAGUUGCAGACACUAAAACAAGCAAUUAGUAUUCAUUUUUGUAUUUACUACAAGAGACGCGUUUGCUUCAUAUUUAAAAGCCUGCUUUGUAAAGGCUGUAUCCCAUUCUGUUGUUUUAAAGAGUGGAUAAAAUAGCUCCUGCAAACUUUGCUGCUACUUUUCUCAACAUCUCAGGCUGCUGUAGCCUAGCAACGCUGCAGGAGGUUACUUCUGAUUGGCCAAUAGGAGAUGCAAGUGUGUGACUCACAACCAGUCAGGGACCAAUUGACUGUUUGGGCUGAUGAACGGACUCUUUUGAGUCCUAUCAUCUUCAUGUAAAAGAAGAUUUGCACUUUUUAAAAUAAGAAACAAUGUUUAUUCUGUAAUUUAAGGGACUUUUGGCGACGCUAACAUACAUCCACACACAAGUAUUUAAUUUUAAAUGUCCCGUAGUAUGAUCCACCUCAACCAUUAGCCAUCAACAAGGCUCAGGCAUUAUUCUGGUUGAAUAUCAGAGUGAAGCCUCCCGUCACUGUGCCUGCUAUUUGGUACAGUGUUCCUCCAUUUAAAAGCAUCACCUUUACUCCUCCAAAUGUCUCUUUCUCUCUCUGUCAUUAACAGCACAGCUGUGUCGUUGUUUCAACCAUUUAUAAUUGAGCCCAAAGAUAUUCAUACCCCCAGCAGAUUUUAGACCGAAAACCAACCGGCGAUGCUGAUGUUCCUCCAGUUUCCAGUUUCUGAUUGGUUUGAUUUGCUAACCGUCUACCGUUUAUUUGAAGGGAUAAAUAAAGUUUGUUUUUUAAAGCCAUUAAAAGAUUCAGGCAGAUAAAGUGUUGAUGGAAGCUCCUGAGUGGAAUAUUUGUUCCAAGAGUAGGCUAAGACUCCUGCUCUUUGAUUGGUUGGUUUCCUAAAACCUGCAGAGUGGCAAAAUUAAGGUUGGAAAUCUCAACUUUUGUCUCCCAAUCUUUAUUAAUCCUCACAUUUGUCUCACUGUUUUAAACUUUAAACAUGUUUUAAGCAAAUAUUAAACAUUUUUAAUGGACAGACUCGCUCUGCUUUAACCCCGUUAGCGUUCACAAUUCCUGCAGUGUUAUAGUUUUAACAGAGUCAUUUUUUAAUUUAAUUUAGCUUCUCUUAAAAGACACCUGCUGGCAAGUGAGCAGGAAUGAAGUUUUAGUGAAUAAAUUAUCUCAAGUCUCUUUUGAAAAGCGGAUGAUUCAGAAACGACUUGGCUGAAUGAUACUACAUGCACAAUUUAACUUUAAAGGUUCCUCAAGCACUCCUGCUGCCCUAAUAGUUUUUUAUUCCUUUUAAGUUGCUCUCAGUCUAUCAUACUGCCUAAAAGCUGCAGCCACUGAUGAUGUUUACAGGCUUUCAGCAUCUUGAUUUGAAUAUCUCUUUUUUACCUGAUUAUUUAUUCCUUUUUUCCACUACAGUUGUUUGUUGUUCACUUACAGAGGUUUUAUUUAAAUAAUUAAUAUAAGAGGGAUUCUAGUUGGAGGUUUUAUCUUAAAGCAAAGAGUUAUUUUUAAUGGUCAUAGUGAUGUUCUAUGGUAUGGGGUGCCAAAGGUGUCAAGAUAUGAUUAAAAAACAUUAAACAAUAAUCUAUAUAAAAGGAUUUAAAAUAUACAUAAUAAUUUUGGUUAACAAAUUAAAUGCUAUUUAUUCCGCAUUAGGUUAAUUAUAAAUUUAAUAAGUAAUGGUGUUCAAUGGUUUAUAUUUUUGUGAUUUUGGGCAUGUUUGGAUCUCCGUACUUUUAAACUACAUGAGUAACUGUGGUGUUUUUCUCUUUUUAUGCCUGCUUCUGGUCAAGAACAAUUACCCUGCAUGUUGGCUCAUGUUUUAUUGCUUAUGCAACUUUUUUAAGGUGUAACACUGUUCUACGCUGUGAUGAAUGUAUCCCAUGUGCCUUCACUAUGAUUUUAUUUUCUCGCAAAGCGCACAAAGUCUGUAUAAGAUGUUUGUAUAUAAACAUUUAUUACAUAAAGAACCAUUUAUAAA